CUAUGGAAUUUACAACACAAAAAACCAAAGUAAUUACAGAUUUCACAUUCUACACCGGAAUGUACCAGAAGGAAGCCUCCCAGCCGGUUAAGAUAUUCUCUCGAUAUGAACCAUUUAACUUGGAAGAGGAGAAAAGAGCUAAUGUGAGGAGAGUUGACCAGGAAUAUCCUAAAGAAUUUAAUAGCAUUCGCUCUAGAGUUCAUCCUAAGGUGAACUUACCCGUCUUUCGAAGAAAGCAGAAACUCAAAGUUUUUAGUGUAGAGAGUAAGGAUCGCAAAAAUGCGAUGAAAUUAAACAUGUUCCCACGGAGAUAAAAAAGGAUAAGAUGUCACUCUCUGGCUGGAAAGAUAGCCAAUCCGGAAUCUUCAAGAAAAAAUAUCAGCAUUGCUCUAUUAAUUCCCCGAAAAUUGCGGCUGUGAACUUAUAAACAAUAAAUUAUCAAUACCAAAGCAUGAGGAAGAAAAACACCAUAAACGAUUUUAUAGCGUUAAUCAAAGAAAGGGACUUGAAAAAAAGAGAGAGAAAUAUCAAGAGAAAAGGAUAAAUUUCAGUUAUGAAGACUACUUGUCUCCCGAUAAUCGAUGAUCUUUGCAAGUAGCUUCCCUAUCUCCUCACAAUAGUAUCUAUGAUACAGUAAAUUCUGCGUCUAAUGGUAAGAAUACCUAGAAAGAAAGUGUUAGAGCUUCCAGACCUAAUCCAGCGAGGUGAUAAGAAAAGGAUCAAAAUUUCAACGCGAUCUAAAUAUAAGCACUUACCAAAGUGCUUCUCAAUUGCAAAUGAUGAAUUUCGCUCGAAGCGUGAGCUUUCACAAGGCCUUAACAAAACGAUUUCUGUCGGCUCCAAAAACCCAAAAUCUCGUAGAGAAUCUCGUCCAGCCUCUAAAGAGCUCCUAGGGUGCCCGACGGUUCCCUCAAGGCCUGCUGGUCAGACCUUGAGUCUUAGUGGAGGCAGUGCCAGGAGUUGACAUAUGCAUCCACAAGACAAAAAUCCCAAAAACUGGUAUUCCAAAGAUAAUCUAUCAAAGAUCAAACUGAAAGAAGGAAUAAAGAGCUUAGCUGCUUGUUUCAGUGAAGAUAUAACUUCUCCAAGGCCUUCUGGCUUUCUCUAAAUUUUUCACAAAACCGGCCUAUGCCAUCCCUCCUACAUAUCUA